GUGUGUCGAUGUAAUUUCUUUUAUUUCCCUCUAGAUAAAAACAGUUUUUUUUAGUUGGAAAUGCCCCGCGUAUCCUCCGGAUUUCGUAACUAUCUUCCUUAAAUCUUGUUCUGAAUCUCGAUGCUGAUAGCUGCUGAAACGUUUAACAUCCGUUCGUAUAAUGACUAAUGCGUUAAUUGUUUAGUAGCAAUCUUUUAUCUCUAUAAUUUGUGGAGGAGUUACUAUGUAUAAUUUUUGUUCUAGUUAAAAUGAGGUUUGAUUUUGACAAGAGAAAAAUUUCAUAUCAUAGAUGAAACAUCACAUUUUGAUUUUUAUCAUCUAAAAUUCAGAACAAGAUUGUUAUUUUCAAAAUGGAGCUAUAUUUUUAUGUUAUUGCAUUUACACUAUCGGUGAGAACUUACGGAAAUCCACUUCUUACUAUUUCCAAUUCUUCAAUGGAACAAACUCAGCCAAUUUUCAGUUACGAAAAUACUGCCACGUCUAAUUUUGAUUCUAAGUAUGCACAUCCUUCUUCACCCAAUUUAGAUUCUGAUCGCACAAAUUCUUCUGUAUCCGAUUCAGAUUCAAAGGAGGCAAUAAUUUUUACAUCUAAUUUAGUUUCCAAUUCCGCAAAUACUUCGACAUCUAAGACAUCUGCCAAGUAUAUUGCACCUGCAUCUAAUCUAGAUUCCCAAAAGCAUUGUGCUAGAGUGAUUCUUGACAUUAGAAACGUCGAAUUCUUGGCAAACGGCAACAUGUUCAUUCCUUCUUACAAUACUACUAUCCAUCCUUCCAAAAUGCAUAUCAUUCAAAAUGAUAGAAGGAUAUGUUUUUAUCCCACUGAACAAUUGAAGAAGGAACUUUUUAAACAUUGUGGGACAUUCGAAUACAAUGCUGAUGAGUUUAAACAUCUUCCGAAUGGUUCUGUCAUUCUUUUUGACGUUUUACUCGAAGAUGAAAUAUAUGAGGUCAACAAAGCGGGAAAACUAGUUCUGUGUUCCAUGGAUUAUUCUGAUAUAGAUGAAGACGAGUUCAACAAUCUUUUACCUAAACCUAUGGAUGAUACCAACAAAGCUGCUAUGUACAUAGGCAAUAUCGGAAGUGCUAUUUCGAUACUUGCAUUGCUGAUACAUGUUGUAACUUUUUGCCUGGUGCCAUCUUUAAGAAACUUACCUGGAUAUAAUCUGGCCUCUCUAGGUGUUGCUUUCUUAAUGGCAUAUUCUUUUACCUUAAUAGGACAAAUACCACAAGUGCUUGGAAAGUCUUGCAUCUUGGCUGCAAUAUUGCAGCAAUAUUUCUUUCUUGUAGCCUUCUUUUGGAUGAAUGUCAUGGCUUUUGAUGUGUGGAAGACACUAAGAAUGGCAACUGAGAGGUUAAUGGUUAGUACUCAAAGUGCACGACGUCGCCAGUUUCUUUGGUAUUCCUCUUACGCCUGGUUGGUGCCCUUGUGCAUCGUCUCAGUAUGUGUUGGCUUGGACAACUCUAAAAAUGUAUCAGAAACGAUCAAACCGUUAUAUGGAAAGAACGGUUUGUGCUGGUUCACGAACGAUGUCGCCAAAGGAAUCUUUUUUUCACUUCCCGCAUUUGUUCUAUUUUUGAGCAAUGCUGUCUUCUUUGUUUUGAGUGCUUUUAUACUAAAAAAUAAUACAAUGAAACAAAAUGUGGAAAGCGACCAACGCCAAACGGCACAACUGAACCUUGUAUUGUACAUACGAUUGGCUGUAAUGAUGGGUAUUACAUGGCUCAUUGGCGCAAUUGGCAUUAUUUUUUCAUAUAGUGAAGCUGAAUGGCUGCGAGUAGCAAAGCUGGACACCGUUGUAUGGUUUCUGUUCGAUAUACUCAAUUCAUUGCAAGGUCUUUUUGUAUUUUUGCUUUUCACGUGCUCCAAAAAAGUGUUCAAGCAUAUUCAAGACCGAAUGAGCAUGAGCACUCUGAAGACUGAAAUUGAGAAAUAUAUGUUAGGUGAUUCAACUAAAUGCAUACAGGAUUCAACUAAGUUCGAAUCAAAAUAACUACUAAAUUUAUAAAAAAUAUAGUUAUCAUAUAAUUGACAAGUUUAGAGGAAAUAUUUUACGAUCAUUAAAUUUGAAAAACUAAUUAUACAAAUAACAAACUAAAAGUUAUAGUUAGCAAUAAUGAUUACAAUCAUAUUCUAAUAUAGAGAGUGCACAUAAAAUAACGUGAGAUGUUAAGACAUCUGUAACAAGUAAAAUACUGGGUUGAAAUUUGCAACAGAGUAUGUGUUUGGUGGUAAAAAAAUGGUGCUAAAAAUCACGGAUCAGAGGAAAAUGGGCACUUUAAGCAUUAAUAUACAACUAUAACAGCAUGAGAAUACCGCUACUACAGUUAUAAAUAAUACUGAAUGUGACGUUUUAUUAACAUAUUAUUAUUGUUUCAUUUGAUAAAGAUGUCAAUAGUAUUCAUAUUACACAGAUCAACGAUGACAAAUUUUCUUUUAUUGGUGACUUUGUUCCUAAAUUAUUAUUUAAAGACCAGCGGCAUAUUCUGAUGAGCUUAUAUGCCAUUUCUUUGUAAUUUUGACACUUAAAUAUUACUUUCGUCAUUGCGGAGGAUGCCGGAAGUGUUGCUCAUUUAAUGCUGACCAGUGGGCAUUCGUGAACCUGAGUCCCGGCGGCAAGCAAUAUUAACCACGCCACACUACCACAGAUACCCGUUAAUAGGGUGGGCUACACCCACACAUUGCGCAAUAGAGGAUAAACACAGUGAGUCACAUCCAUGCCCAGAACGAGACUCGAACCCGUGACUGUUAGCUUUCAAGUCAGGCCCCUUGACCAGUAAUUCUGAACAGUAUUCGUUGCUACAGUGCUUAAAACCCAUCUCGUAUAUUUAUGAGCAACAUGAUCAAAAAAAUAUGCAAAUAAAUAAAACAAAAAGCAAACAUUAAAUAGUUAACGUAAAAACAAACUAUAAAUAUUUUGUAAAGCUAUGGUUAGGAUUUGCUAUAGUGGGCUAAUUUACUGCGCAAAUAUAACUUAAUUCAGAGAAAGCUUGAGAAAUGAUUUUUAAUGUUAAUUUUAAAUAUUGAAAUUGAUUCUAACUUCACAAUAUGCUGAUUUAUAUUUUAUUGAAAUCCUACAAUGAAUUGUAUAUUUGAAUUGUAAAUAAUUUGUAAAUUGGUUGUAUAUAAUAUUAAAGAAUAUGUAAAUAAAUAUUAAUCGAAACAAUACUAUGGAAUGCUACUUAUUCAUAAUUAUUAAAUAACAAACUGGUUUUAGAAAUACACUGAAACUGAUAAACAUUUAUUAACUUUAACUAAAUUUGUUUUCGUAUCACUUUGUGAAAGGAAAUUAUUAUUGGAGUUAAAAUGUAAACUUUUUAUGACUAGCCACAGUGCUAACAUUUCAGCUGGAGCUCUUCGCUUUUUAUCCAAGAUCACAAUUUAUCGCCGGUGAAAAUUUGACAACUUUAUUAAAAACAAUAUUAAAGCGAACAAUUUUCGAAAACAGUUUUUAAAAACUAUGUUUUUAAAGAGGAUACAAAUUUUGAAAAUGGUUAUUUUAUUACAACUAUGUCGGAAAAUAUUGAUUUUUGUUUUAGGUGUGGGAUUGUUUACUAUGAAUAAGGAAAAUAAAAUUGUAAUCACCUUUUCACUUCUAAAUUAUUUUAAAAAAUUGUACUAAAAAAUUUAACCUAACACUAUUUGGUAAAAUUGGAAAAUUUUGAGACAGGCUAAGGCCAAUUGUGUCUUUUUUAAUAGCGACCACUUUUGGAAUU